GUGCAUGUGAUCCUGCCUUCAUUGUAGAUAAUGCGAAGCUACGAAAAUGGCGGAUGAACAGGUGAGUUGCCGAUCAAAAUAACGUGCGAACCUCGAAAUGCGAGAAAGUUAUCUACGACAAGGCGGCUCCUAAGUCGUGUGGUAAGCAGUCAAUGGUAAACCCGAUGCAACCUGUGCGGUUAUCAAUGUGCAUAAACAGAACGUGUCUGAAACGCGGUGAAAUUAAAAGACGAUCUUUCGAACUAUACAACGUUUGUUGCCGAAAUCAAAAGUGUUUAACGAAUUAAUAACUCCACUAUUAAUAAAAACACACUGCGGCGGACGAUUGAAUUUUUUUCGUCUUUCGUGUGUUGUUUUAACAUUGCAUAUCUCGUAAAUAAACGAUUAACUGUCAGGGAUGUGUUGAACUCUUUUGUUGCAAGUUCGUGAAUAAAUAUUAUUUUCUGUGCGAAAAAAACACUCGCAUGUACAAAGAUAAUCAAUGGAAUAAGAUAUAUUGUUUCCUCUAUGAUUCAACAGUUACAUUCUUAAAAUAUAUCUUCAAAUUUGAACAUUGACUGUAAACAUAGUGCAGAAAUUCUUCAAAAGUGAAUACAAUGACCUUGCAAUUUAGAGAGUUGACAUAUCUAAAUGGAAAUAUUAAAAUACAAGUAUAAAUAGUGACAUUAAGAAUGGAUCACAUACAGGAAGUGCGGCAGCUGGAAUUGCUAUGCAAGCAAUUGUAUGAGUCACAAGAUUCUGCACAUCGUGCUGAGGCUGAAAAAGCUCUUGUAGCAUUUCAAAAUGCACCAGAUACGCUUACUAAGUGCCAGCUCCUUCUGGAUCGUGGAGAUUCAGCUUAUGCUCAAUUAUUGGCUGCUACUACCUUAACAAAAUUGGUCUCUCGGUCAGCACAAGGACUUAGUUUACAACAAAGGCUGGAUAUACGGAAUUACGUCCUUAAUUAUUUAGCAACACAACCAAAACUUCCAAAUUUUGUUAUACAAGCUUUGGUUGCAUUGUUUGCUAGGAUAUCAAAACUUGGCUGGUUUGAUUCAGACAAAGAGGAAUAUGUUUUCAGAAAUGUUGUUGGUGAUGUAGCAAAAUUUCUUCAGGGAUCAGUAGAGCACUGCAUGAUAGGUGUACAGUUGCUCUCACAAUUAACAUGUGAAAUGAAUCAAAUAUCAGAAGCUGACGCAAAUAGGUCACUUACAAAGCAUAGAAAAAUUGCUAGUAGUUUCAGGGAUACACAGCUUUUUGAAAUAUUUAGGCUGUCUUGUACUUUAUUAAGUACAGCACGAGAAAAUUGUAAAAAUUUAAAUUUUAAUGACGAAGCACAGCAUGGUCUGAUUAGACAACUCUUAAAGCUUGCACAAAAUUGUUUGACAUUUGACUUUAUUGGAACAUCUACAGAUGAAAGCACUGAUGAUUUAAGUACAGUACAGAUACCAACAAGUUGGAGACCCGCAUUUUUGGAUUUUACAUCAUUAAAGUUAUUCUUUGAUUUAUAUCACAGUCUGCCAAGCUCAUUAUCAUCUUUAGCUUUGUCUUGUCUAGUUCAGAUAGCAUCAGUUAGACGAAGUUUGUUUUCUAAUACAGAAAGAGCAAAGUUUUUAAGGCAUUUAGUUAAUGGAGUGAAGCAUAUAUUACAAAAUCCACAAGGUCUCAGUGAUCCUGGAAAUUAUCAUGAAUUUUGUAGAUUAUUAUCUCGAUUGAAAAGUAAUUUUCAACUUGGAGAAUUAGUUUUGGUAGAAGGUUAUCCAGAAGCAAUACAGUUAAUCGCAAAGUUUACAGUUCAAAGUUUACAAAUGUGGCAGUUUGCACCAAAUAGUUUACAUUAUCUUUUAACUCUUUGGCAAAGAAUGGUAUCAUCCAUGCCCUAUGUAAAAGCAGGGGAUCCGCAUUUAUUGAACACAUAUACUCCUGAAAUUGCAAAUGCAUAUAUUACAUCAAGACUUGAAUCUGUAGCAGUGGUAGUUAGAGAACGUUUGGAAGAUCCACUUGAUGAUUUAGGUGUACUUCAUCAACAAUUAGAACAAGUUUCAGUGAUAGGAAGAUGCGAAUAUCAAAAAACAUGUACUGUAUUAGUUCAAUUGUUCGAUCAGGCUGCUACAACGUAUCAAGAAUUAAUGACCCAAACUGCAUCCCCAACCCAACAAAUUGAUAUAACUAUUCAAGAAGGACAAUUAACAUGGCUUGUUUAUAUUAUAGGUGGUGUUAUUGGUGGAAGAGUUACAUUUAACAGUAAUGAGGAAUAUGAUGCAAUGGAUGGUGAACUUGUUUGUAGAGUUCUUCAAUUAAUGAACCUUACAGAUUCUAGACUUGCACAAGGUGGUUGCGAAAAAUUGGAGUUAGCAAUGUUAAGUUUUUUUGAACAAUUCCGUAAAAUAUACGUAGGUGAUCAGGUACAGAAAAAUUCCAAAGUAUACAGAAGACUGUCGGAUGUUUUAGGCCUCAAUGAUGAAGCCAUGGUACUCAGUAUAUUUAUUCGUAAAAUAAUAACAAAUUUGAAAUAUUGGGGAAGAAGUGAACAAAUUAUUUCAAAAACUUUACAACUUUUGAAUGAUCUUUCUGUUGGAUAUAGUUGUGUUCGAAAACUUGUUAAAUUAGAAGAAGUUCAAUUUAUGCUUAAUAAUCAUACAAGAGAACACUUUCCAUUUUUGGGAAAUAAUGUUGCUGUAACAGAAAUGCGCUGCAGAUCAAUGUUUUAUACAUCUUUGGGUAGAUUAUUAAUGGUGGAUUUAGGCGAAGAUGAAGAAAGAUUUCAUACAUUUAUGUUACCCCUCACAGCUGCAUUAGAAAGUCUUGGCCAGCUAAUGGGAGCUGCUGAUACUCCACUGUUUGCAGCAGAAGAAGCAAAAAAGGCAUUGAUUGGUGUAGCAAGAGAUCUCAGGGGUUUGGCAUAUGCAUUCACAACUAAAACAUCUUACAUGAUGCUUUUUGAUUGGAUAUAUCCGAAUUAUACACCCAUCUUAUUACAUGCUGUGGAAUUGUGGCAUCAUGAACCACAAGUAACUACACCCGUCCUGAAAUUAUUUGCUGAAUUAGUAUUAAAUAGAAGUCAACGAUUGCAAUUUGAUGCAUCUUCUCCAAAUGGAAUUUUAUUAUUUCGUGAAGCUAGUAAAGUGAUAUGUAGCUAUGGCAAUCAUAUAUUGAAUAUUGAAGUUCCCAAGGAUCAGAUUUAUCCUUUGAAGCUCAAGGGAAUUAGUAUAUGUUUCAGUAUGUUAAAAGCAGCUCUUUGUGGUAGUUAUGUAAAUUUUGGGGUCUUUAGGCUAUAUGGAGAUGAAGCAUUAGAUAAUGCACUUAAUACAUUUGUGAAAUUACUUCUCAGUAUACCACAAAGUGAUCUUUUGGAUUAUCCGAAACUAUCGGCAACAUAUUAUGUAUUGCUUGAAUAUUUGGCACAGGACCAUAUGGUCUUCCUUUCAACAUUGGAACCAAGAGUUUUUUUAUAUAUUCUUUCAAGUAUCAGUGAAGGCCUUACUGCACUAGGUGCGCAAAAAGACUCCUAUACAGAUACUAUGGUAUGUACCGGUUGUUGUGCAACCCUUGAUCAUAUAGUGACAUAUUUAUUCAAACAAUUGUAUCAAAAAGCGGGUGGUUAUCCAGGAAGAAAAAAUGCUGUAGUUCCUGGUGGUGGAGAGUUAUUUUUAGAAGUUUUGAAACAACAUCCUGAAAUACUUCAACAAAUAUUAAGUACUGUGUUAAAUGUGAUAAUGUUUGAAGAUUGUAGAAAUCAAUGGAGCAUGUCUCGUCCUCUAUUAGGCCUGAUACUUUUAAAUGAAGAGUAUUUUAAUCAGUUACGAGAAAAUAUUAUUAGAAGCCAACCAGUUGAUAAACAAGCUGCGAUGGCACAAUGGUUUGAAAAUUUGAUGGAUGGCAUUGAAAGAAAUUUACUUACAAAGAAUAGAGAUAGGUUUACACAAAAUUUAUCAAUGUUUAGAAGAGAUAUAAAUGAUGCUUUAAAAGGACCUAAUAUGUCUACAAAUUCUGUCAGUGAUAUGAUGACAUCGUAGUGAUAUUGCUCUCUUCUAAUUAGAUUUGUCUAUUAGGUUCUUGCCUGCCAAAUGCUUGAAUGUGUGUGCGAGUGAAACUAUAAAUUAUGAUGCAAUUACAAUUAUGAUUUUAGACGAGUAUAAAGAUAAUAAAUUAAGUAAUAUCAUUUUACUGCUGUAUUGCUGUUUGGCUUCCUAUUCUCAAUUAUUACAUUUCUAGUAACUUAGAUGAACAAGCACCAAAUAUUGUAACAAUAAUUACAAAAAUUUUAUAUUAUUCAUAAA